GGCUCGGGAGCCGGGCCGGGCCGGGCGGGCCGGGAGGAGGAGGAGGAGGAGCCGGGCGGGCUGGCGGGUGGCCGGGCGGCGGCAUGGCGGAGCCGAGUGGGGCUGAGACGAGGCCCCAGAUUCGGGUCACCGUCAAGACCCCCAAGGACAAGGAGGAGAUCGUGAUCUGCGAUCAAGCCUCGGUCAAGGAGUUCAAGGAGGAGAUCUCCCGGAGGUUUAAGGCUCAGCAGGAUCAGCUGGUCCUGAUCUUCGCAGGCAAGAUCCUCAAGGACGGGGACACCCUGAGCCAGCACGGCAUCAAGGACGGGCUCACAGUCCACCUAGUCAUCAAAACCCCUCAGAAGGCUCAAGAUCCAGUGACUGCUGCUGCUUCUCCUCCAUCUACUCCUGACUCUGCCUCUGCACCCUCCACCACGCCUGCCUCACCUGCCGCCGCCCCUGUCCAGCCCUGCAGCUCUGGCAAUACAACUUCAGAUGCUGGCAGUGGAGGGGGGCCCUCUCCAGUGGCUGCAGAGGGGCCCUCAAGUGCUACUGCAUCGAUCCUCUCUGGCUUCGGAGGCAUCCUGGGCCUGGGCAGCCUGGGCCUGGGCUCCGCCAACUUUAUGGAGCUGCAGCAACAGAUGCAGAGACAGCUCAUGUCCAAUCCUGAGAUGCUGUCGCAGAUCAUGGAGAACCCCUUGGUCCAGGAUAUGAUGUCAAACCCCGAUCUGAUGCGCCACAUGAUCAUGGCUAAUCCCCAGAUGCAGCAGCUGAUGGAAAGGAACCCCGAGAUCAGCCACAUGCUCAACAACCCAGAGCUCAUGAGGCAGACAAUGGAGCUUGCUCGUAACCCAGCCAUGAUGCAAGAAAUGAUGCGGAACCAGGACCGGGCCCUCAGCAACCUGGAAAGUGUCCCGGGAGGGUAUAAUGCCCUCCGCCGCAUGUACACGGACAUCCAGGAGCCCAUGUUCACUGCUGCUCGGGAACAGUUUGGCAACAAUCCCUUCUCUUCCCUGGCCGGGAACUCCGACAACUCAUCCUCCCAACCUCUUCGGACUGAGAAUCGAGAGCCCCUCCCUAACCCCUGGAGCCCCUCGCCCCCCACCUCCCAGGCCCCCGGGUCCGGUGGGGAGGGCACCGGAGGAUCGGGGACCAGCCAGGUGCACCCGACAGUCUCGAACCCCUUUGGGAUCAAUGCGGCUAGCCUGGGGUCAGGGAUGUUCAACAGCCCAGAAAUGCAGGCGCUCCUCCAGCAGAUUUCUGAAAACCCCCAGCUGAUGCAGAAUGUCAUCUCAGCCCCUUACAUGCGCACCAUGAUGCAGACGCUUGCCCAGAACCCUGACUUUGCUGCUCAGAUGAUGGUGAAUGUGCCGCUGUUCGCAGGGAAUCCACAGCUUCAGGAGCAGCUCCGCCUGCAGCUCCCCGUGUUUCUGCAGCAGAUGCAAAACCCAGAGUCUCUCUCCAUCCUCACCAAUCCCCGGGCCAUGCAGGCCUUGCUGCAGAUCCAGCAGGGACUGCAGACCCUCCAGACUGAAGCCCCUGGGCUGGUACCCAGCCUUGGCUCCUUUGGGACACCCCGGACCUCGGUACCUCUGGCAGGCAGCAACUCUGGAUCUUCGGCAGAGGCCCCCACUUCUUCCCCGGGCAUGCCAGCCACAUCUCCUCCCAGUGCGGGUUCCAAUGCCCAGCAACAACUCAUGCAGCAGAUGAUCCAACUUUUGUCCGGAAGUGGGAACUCACAGUCCUGCCUCUUCCAGGUGCCGAUGCCAGAAGUGAGAUUUCAACAGCAGCUGGAACAACUCAAUUCCAUGGGCUUUAUUAACCGUGAGGCCAACCUACAGGCCCUGAUCGCCACAGGAGGGGACAUCAAUGCCGCUAUUGAGAGACUCCUGGGCUCCCAGCUCUCCUGAUCCCUCCUGCCUUCCCCACCUCUCAGCGCCAGCCUCUGGCUCCUCUGUCAAGCCCUACCUUCCAUAGUCUGUCUUCUUUGACCCCUACGAACAGAACAGCAAGAACAGCAGGGUGACUUCCAACUUCCAAGGCUUGUGCCCAACCCAAAGCUCUCCAAGGAUUUUGAUUCCUUUAAGGUCUCAUGAAAUCUCUCCCGGUCCUCUUGGAGCAGAGCUAUCUAGUGUGCACAGUGUGUCAGUUUGGCCACAUCUCCUUGCCCACAAGUACCUUGGCAACACACAUUCUUCUCCAGGGGACUGAGAGGAGGACCCCACCUGGCGUACCGGAAGUCUUCCGUUGGUACCACUAGAAUUUAGCCAGCCUUACAUUACUCCUACCCUCCUCUCCCUCCGUCACCUCAGCCCAACCAGUUUGAAUCUCACUCUUUGGCUAGGUGCUGGUGAAACUGUUUUUCUUUCUCUACCCCUAUACUGGUUCAUAUAGCAAUUUUUCACGGGCUCCCUUUGGGACUCUGAGGCAGGGAAGAAAACGCCUGUCCUUCUGUCCAAAGGCAGCAGUGAGUCAGCAGUCUGAGUAGGGUUAUCAAGAUCAAACCAGACCAGUGGACACUGGUGCUCAAGAGCCACAGCUGAGAGCUCUGGGAAGCAGGGACUUGGGGAGACAGCCUGGGCAGGAGGCUUGGAAGUUGGAGUUGACAGAGUCUAGAAAGACCAAUAGAUUUCAUGGUGGAGAAGACAGGCUCAGGCCUGACAGAAGAGAGUCUGAUGGACUUGGAACUGAAGAUAGGAGUUCAGCAAAGCUGAACAGCGUGACCCAUGAGAAAUCAAAUUGGCUCCACUGUUUCCAGACAUAUUUGUGCUCACGUUCAUAUUCCAAUGAACCCAGUCUUCAGGCUCCAGUAUUUUGAGCCCCACUCUCCAGAAGAUCUGAUGGGGUUUCUCAGCAUUGUAGAAAAUCUGUGUGCGUACAUGCAAGCUGGGGAGGUGUGUGUUCUUUGUUGAUUUCUGGUUCACAACUUUGUCAACAGAGAUAAGUGGGUACAAGGGCCAAUGUCCUGGAAGACCACAGCAUUGAGGGAGCCGGGUCCCUGGGCCUCUGGGUAUUGGGUAUCCAGAAAGCAGAUUGAGCACUUCUCUGAGUGAUAAUGGCUCUGACUGGCACUCUGGCCACCGAGGCUUCCUUGGUGAACGAAUAGUGAAGUUUCUCUUCCAGAAGUUUCUCUCCUGCCUUUCAGUUCUUUGCUGGUUCCCUAGGCCAGAAACUUGUAUUUGAGGAGAGGUGGGAUGGCAGAUGCCUUUGGUAUGGAACUGGGCUUUGCUUAAUGAGUACCAGAGGAAGCUCUUGCCACAUUUUCUCUGCUGUGUGGUCCAGGUACUUGGAGGACACCUGGCUGAGAGACAGGUAAGGAAAGGCAUCCUGCUGUAGGUGGGGAACAGUCCCAAUCAGUUCGAACAUGCCUUCCCUUCCCCCUCUUAUACCCAAUACCCACUCUGGCCUUUGUAAAUAAAUAAUGUGAUUUUUGUUGUGAGAUUA